AUGACGAAUUCUAUCUCUCAAACAAUUUAUAAUGCCUUGGUUAAAUUGAAUUUAUUCAAGAAACCAUUACUGGACGAUCAACCACGUACUGUAUUAAUCGGAAUUUGCGAAACAUUCGUGUACGUGAUUCUAGUACUGGGCGCCAUAGGGAUAAUAACGACCUAUUACACUGUCACAGAACGUGUCGUGACAAAGACCAUAGAAAAUCCAACUUUGACAAUGUAUCUUAGUCUAUACAAUCAAUACAAAUCCAGUCUGACUUGUCCGUGCACGCAAAUUGCAGUUCCCUACAAGAAAUUUCUGACUGUUAAUCCAUCGUACCAUCAAUACUGUUCAAGUUAUUACAAUUCAAAAGCUUGGCUUGAAAUUGUACAAAGUAUUGAUCUGUAUUUAGAAAGGGCAGGUAAUCCAACAAUAGCGUCGCCGACAAGUAUCUUCAUAGCACUGUCGGACUUCUGCCGUUUUUCGGGAGAAACGGUGAAUGAUUCAUUAGCAUCGUUUUAUCAAUCGAGUCUGAUCAGUGGAUAUACGAUCCAACCAGAUAUCUUUGAAUCUCAAGCUGAAGCGAUUGUUAACUUAUUCAUUAGUUCGACAUCUAAUUCAUUUAAAAGAUCUGCUGCUCUCAUACNUCCAACAGUAGCGUCGCCGACAAGUAUCUUCAUAGCACUGUCGGACUUCUGCCGUUUUUCGGGAGAAACGGUGAAUGAUUCAUUAGCAUCGUUUUAUCAGUCGAGUCUGAUCAGUGGAUAUACGAUCCAACCAGAUAUCUUUGAAUCUCAAGCUGAAGCGAUUGUUAACUUAUUCAUUAGUUCGACAUCUAAUUCAUUUAAAAGAUCUGCUGCUCUCAUACGAAGAAUUCUAGCUAAUGAUCAAGUGUUACGUGGAGCACAUGGAACUAAUUUCUAUGCGACAGUUGAUACAACUCGACAGACGUCCGAUACGGGUGUCAAAUUUGGUUUUCGAACAAUAACCACCGCAAAUAAUACCCCAUGCUAUUGCUACAUCGAUUCAUCGUGUGCAGACGUCGCUUAUAUACAGUCUUUUAAUCCCAAUUCACCUUCAUUACCCGUGCCUGGUGUCUAUGUUGGUUGCUCAAUAAUAGAAUCACUAUAUAUUUCAACUCUACAAGUUUUUUAUGACUCGGCAUUUAUUGCCAGUUUGAAUAUUCCUUCAAAUGUACCAGUUGUACCCCUUAAUAGAACUGUCCCAAGUAGAUAUAAUACGACAACACCCUUUGGUACAAUCAUCGAACAACUCUUUGUUGAAGACUGGAACACAACAUACGCAUUUGAAGACUAUUACAUCGGUUGUCAACCGUCAUCAUGUUCGUACAUAGUUCAAAUCCGUCGAGAAACAAUUGAAAUUUUAACUGCUGUACUAGGAAUAAUUGGUAGAGUAACGUCAGUCGUAGGAACGGUUGUGCCAUUUGUUAUAGAACGGAUCGUUGAUUUAUUUGGCUCAGAAGAAAAAGACACGGUUGACAAUCAAAAUGGGAAUAGUGCUCAUAAAUACGAGCAAUCCCAACAUGAUAAUGAUCGCGAUCUGACGGAUAUUCAUGCUUGA